AAGGGACAUGUUAGAGGCUGGCAGGGCCGUGGAGCCGCACGUCUAGACAGGGGUAACGGCCACCCUUUCAGAGAUGGGCAACGACGCCCAAAGAGGAGGGACGCGAAUCUGAACUGCUUAUAUACAAGCCAGUUUUGGUGUGCUGUUUCUGGAGGCUCAUAUGCAAGAGUUAUUUAAUGUUUGAAAUGUGGGAGAUGGUGGCGUUACCGAGAGCGAGCUCUCCCUUCCUGUCGUCUAGGACAAGAUGGCAGCAAUGCAGGCGAACUGUGCAUGGUAUGGAUUUAUAAGUCCAUAACAUGUUCAGAGAAGCCCUGGAUUAUACUUAUAGUGACUCUAUGUGAAGGUAUGGCCUCACAAGUCUUGGUCUACCCACCACACAUUUAUCAAACCCAGACAAGUGCCUUUAGCAGUGUGAAGAAACUCAAAGUUGAGCCCAGCAGCUGUGUGUACCAUGAGAGGACACACCUGCGGACUUAUCUGAACAGCAGAACCCUUGGCAUCGUGCACCCAACUAAGCAAGCCCACUCGUUUGUGAACCGAGACUUGGCAGUGGGCCUAAACGUACGUGGAGGACAGGAGUACCCGGUGCAGACAGUGGUUGUGCGUGGCGUACAAAGACAACAGCCCAGUAAAAGAGGAGGAGGAGCACGCCCGUUUGUGGCUCAGCAGCAUCAAGAGGCGGGGGCUGUCCACUCACAGGGCAAGGAACAGCAACAUCAGACAGACAUAGCAAGUGGAAGCAGCAGUGGAGCAACAGGGGCAGGAGGAGGGGGAAGGGGAGAGGGCUGUAGUGGAGGAGUUGAGGGAGGAGGAGAGGAGGAGGGUGACAGAAAAGAGAACUGGGGAGGUCUGAACUCACCUGACAGCUCUCAGCGAUGUGGGCUGAAACGUAAAAGUGAGGAGCUGGAUAACCGAGGGAGCACCAUGCAGAUUGUGGAGGAACUGUCAAUGUUGCCUGCUAUGUUGCAAACGACGAAUGUGGGGAAUGCAGCCGUGACAGCGCCAGCUGUUGUUGGGGCUGGAGGGGGCCCCUCCAAACAGGGUGUAGGGCAUGGGGGUGUAGGUGCAGCUGGAGGGGCAGGAGGAGGGGAUGGAGACUAUCAGGUAGUGCAACACGAGGUCCUGUGUUCCAUGAAAAAUACUUAUGAAGUGCUGGAUUUCUUGGGACGUGGCACAUUCGGCCAAGUAGUAAAGUGCUGGAAGAGGGGGACAGGUGAGGUAGUGGCUGUGAAGAUCCUGAAGAACCACCCUUCAUACGCACGGCAGGGGCAAAUCGAAGUCGGCAUUCUUGCUCGUCUGAGUGGGGAGAAUGCAGAUGAGCACAACCUGGUGCGAGCUUUUGAAUGCUUCCAGCACCGCAGCCACACCUGCCUGGUAUUUGAGAUGCUUGAGCAGAACCUGUACGAUUUCUUGAAGCAGAAUAAGUUCAGCCCGCUCCCCCUGAAAGUGAUCAGACCUGUACUACAGCAGGUAGCUACAGCUCUGAAAAAAUUGAAGAGCAUGGGUCUGAUUCACGCGGACCUGAAGCCAGAGAACAUAAUGCUGGUGGACCCAGUGAGGCAGCCCUAUAGGGUGAAGGUUAUAGACUUUGGCUCAGCCAGUCAUGUGUCCAAAGCAGUGUGUUCGACGUACCUCCAAUCUCGGUACUAUAGGGCUCCAGAGAUUAUUCUGGGAUUGCAGUUCUGUGAAGCCAUAGACAUGUGGUCCCUAGGCUGUGUGAUAGCUGAACUUUUUCUGGGCUGGCCUCUUUACCCUGGGGCACUGGAGUACGACCAGAUUCGCUACAUCUCUCAGACACAAGGCUUGCCAGGAGAGCGUUUACUGAAUGCAGGCACAAAGACUGCACGGUUCUUUUGCAAAGAGUCUGAUUCCUCUUACGCAGCAUGGAGACUAAAGUCAACAGAUGAGCAUGAGACGGAGACGGGAAUGAAAUCAAAGGAAGCAAGAAAGUACAUCUUCAGCUGUUUGGAUGACAUAGCGCACGUGAACUUGAUGAUAAAUCUGGAAGGUAGUGACUUGCUAGCGGAGAAGGCAGACCGUCGGGAGUUUGUUGGCCUGCUGAAGAAGAUGUUGUUGAUUGAUGCAGAAGAGAGGAUUGCCCCUGCUGAAGCUCUCGUCCACCCCUUUGUGACGAUGCAACACCUGCUUGACUUUCCCCACAGCAACCAUGUGAAGUCAUGUCUUCACAUCAUGGAUGUUUGCUGGACUCAUCCCGCUGCGUAUGAGGCCGCCAAUCGAAAUAAAGGUCCUUUCGUCAGACCUGUUACUACAACCGCUGCUGCCUCAGCCAACCACCCCUUCAGCAAAAUCCCAGCUGUCCACGCUCAGGGGUUAGCCCCAUCAGCACCCUCAGUAAUGCACCCUGGGAUACCACUUCAGACUGGAAGUGGUCAGUUUAGGUGCAACGAGUCAUUUCAACAGGCUCUUAUUCUUUGUCCCCCAACCAUUCAAGGUAUCUCCACCAACACAGCUAAACCAGCUGGUUACUCUGUUCGUAUGGAGGCCUCUAUGCCUCUAGUCACUCAAGCACCCUCAAUCCAGCCCAUACAGAUCAGACCUGGAGUCAUUACACAGCCCUGGUCGAGCCGUGCACAGCAGAUUUUGGUGCCCACUUGGCAGCAGGUCACAUCUGUGCCCCCACCACCAACAACUUUGGCAUCUGACACUGUGACAGGCUCACAGAGAUUGGGUGACUGGGGGAAAGUGCGUCCCCAUGGUAACCAUUACAGCUCCAUGAUUGCCCACCCACAGCCAUUCUUAACCAACCAAAUGACCAUGUCCACCCACCAGCCAAUUAACAUAGGCAUCGCACAUGUGGUGUGGCCUCAGCCAGCUGCCAACAAGAGAGCAAAGCCUUGUGUGAACAGGUACAGCACAUGGGCAUUUUUCUUUAGAACCAAUACAAAUGUGCAUCUUUCCAAAUAUGAAAGUCUCGUUUACUUCUUUUUUUCCAAAUUCCUGUGUAGGGGCAGCAACAUCUUCCAAAACACAAACAUCCAAAAUUUAGCAUGUCAGUCCCCAAAGAUGGCCGAUACAGCAAAGAAUGUGCAAGAGGUAGAGGAGGAGGAAGCCAGAUGUCCAGAGGAAGGGCACACUGUGGGAGAGGAGCCAGCAACAGAGCAGGUGGAGGAGGAUGAUGAAGAGAACUGCUGCAAAGUGGAGCCAGACUGUGAGGAGCUCUCAGUUUCGCAGGAGCAGCGGCAGGCCAUGGUGAUCUCCGACUUGGCCAGCCCGACUGUUAGUGUCAUCAGUAUCAGCAGUGAUGAGGAGGAGAAUGCACAAAGACACUCAAUGAGGGAGUGCAAGGGCAGUGCAGAUUGUGAGGCAUGUCAGAGCACCGUCUGUAUGGAGAGAGUUUGUUCUCUCAGCAGUCCAGACAGCACACUCAGCACCAGCUCUUCUGCCUCAGCCCAGUCCAGCACCUCACCCUGCAAACAUCCCAACAGCAUGUCUGAUGAUGAACAGGAGAGUGGUUGUGACACGGUAGACAGCUCUCCCGCUUCGCACUCCUCUGGCAACAGCAACAGUCCCUUCACAGAGCGUCGCUACAUCACUGACAGCAACCAGAACUGCGAGCCUCGAGUUGCAUGUGUUGCCCCGGAAACCGAGCCUAGCAAGCCAACAGUUCGCACUGUUGUGGUUCCUCCAAUGCGAGUGCAGAACAACAACCACAACCCAGCUGUCAAUGACACACCUGGAAACACAGGUCACAUGGCCUGGGAUUAUGCCGUGUUAGUAGGCCAAAGAGGUUCUCACAGUGUUGGAGUCUCUGUGCCAGUCCAAAGGGCGAGGCAUUCCUGGGCGACAGCAUCACCACUCCACUCCUCUCCUCAACAGACAGCAGAAAAUCACCCCUGCAUUCCAGCCUCAGCAGCAGCCUAUUGGCUUUGGGCAGGUGCAGCAUUUCGGUUCCUGCCACCAGGAAUGGAACGGCAACUUCGCCCACCGGCGGCCACAGGCUUAUAUCCCUCCCACCAUGCAUGGCCACACAUUCACGCUUUCCCACAGCAGCCCAAACCACACAACAGGCCCCCAUCCGCACCUCGGAGGGCACCCACACUCCCAGCCCACUUUACUGUCAUACCCUCCGUCUGGUCCUCUGGUCACAGCUGCACCCGUGGCCCACCUCCUCGCCUCCCCUGGGGCCUCCCGUCCCGUCCUCCAGCCUACCUACAGCAUCUCUCACCCAGCAGGCAUCGUGCAUCAAGUGGCUGUGGGCAUCAACCCCCGGCUGUUGCCCUCGCCUACCUUGCACCCCCAGAGCCAAUUCAAACCCCUCUUUCCCCCGCACUCCUACAUUGCCUCGCCCGCUUACGGCAGUUUCCCUCUCAGCCCUACCAAAAUAAACCAGUACCCUUACAUCUGAGCGUGGCUGUUCUGGUACCCUUCAUACCACCUGAGGGCUAAGCGAGCAGGGCGAAAUCUUUAAACCACAAACAUGGCUUUCAUUUCAGAAAACCAUGGCACAACCACAAAGAAAUCAAGCUAUUUUUUGAAUCAUGUAGACUUGGUGUAAUUGAACUUCGAGCUUUAAAAAGAUGUUGGAGAUGAUUAGGCAAAAAUUAAGAAGGAAAUAAUGUAUGAAUGAUUGAAUGAUAGAAUGAAUGACUAAGUUAAACUCACACUUAAUGUGUUUUGCACAUUUGAUAUAUCUUUGCAUUGGAUCUUCUACGAAUACUCCUCAAGACAGGUAAAUAAUUGGGGUGUUGUUGAAUAGUUAGACUUUGCACCCCUGAUCCCAGCUAUUUUUCUAUAUUGCCUUCUUACAUGUGCAAGACACAUCCAUAUUUGUAAAGCCAUCCCAGUCUCUAGCUCUAGAUUGACAAAUGCACACAUUGUCUACAGUGUUCGUUGUACUGCGUUCAAAGUAUUUGUACCUUUUUGGUGUCUUUUGGUGUUAGCAAUGUCAAGUCAAUUAAUCCGAUUUAAAUAGGGUUGUUCCUCACGCUGCAUGUGGUCUUGCAUGAGCAAAAAUGUAAACGGAAAGAUGCAUAGACGUUGCUCUUAUUGUUUGUGUCACAAGACUCGCUGCAUUGUAUAACUGUCCCCAGCCAUAGUGCCUUACAUAUUUGAAGUUGUUAAUGUUACUACUUAUAUAUGACUAUAUACAUGAAUAUUAAUGUACUGGACUGCAGCACUUGAAAUUCCAAUCAGUCGAUGCAUCCUAUGUGUGAGUAUAUAUAUGCACAUGUGUAUAUGUCCAUGCAUAGCUUGCAUGGAUGUGAUAGAUCGCGGAUAGCGGUGCUUACUUUUCGGAGUCGGUGUAUAUUUCAGUGUGUAGUGAGUUACUUUUCUGUUUUCUCAAGAAGAACAGCAUGCUUUGCUGUUGCGAAUGCCUGCUGUUUCCUUAAAAAUGUUUUUUUUUUUUCAUUCUCAGUUCCCGAAUGAACUAGUGUACAAAGUGCAAGUACUGAGUAUUGCUUAAUAUUUGAUAAUCACUUUCUAUUUAGUGAAACUCUUACUACUAACAGUAUUUGUACUGUUUGAAACUGCAAUACAAUCUAAAUAGUCGUCGA